CUGAACGCAGCGGCCCCUCGGCGUGAUGAGGAGCUGCAGCAGCUUCACGGGGACGUUAUUCGUCCCGGGGCUCAGAGGACGAGGCUGCAGCCGCCGCGCGCACCGCGACGACACCGGACAACUUUGCAUUGUCCCUCUUUCCCUACUCGGCCCCGGAGGACUCGUCGGAUUAUCAGCGUGUUGUUGUUGUCGCGGGAGAAGUGAACUCGUGAGAAACUUUUCUCAAGGAGAUUAAAAAACAAACGUGCGCGCACAGGUUGCUUUCGCGUCACUGACGGAAUAAACCCGGAGAGGAGACGUCAAGUGGUGGUUUUACGCACCGGGCUCCGGACGCACGGACCCGACUUCUUCUCGACUGUUCGACUUAAAUUGUGAUUUUUCUUUUCCUUCUAUUUAUUAAUCUCCCUGGACAGACUCUAAUUCUCUUUUCCAAAGUCUCACGAUGCGACUUUUCCUGGCGUGUGCGGCCGGCGGGGUCGGGGACACACCGGUGCUGCUGGUGAAACCGUUCCAGGGCUGUUAAAUUGAUUGGAACGUGACCACCGGUCCGGAGAUGAACUUUCUCCACGAUGAUUGCGGCACCUCGGGUGAAUGAUUGACAGCCAGCGGCUCAGCCCCGAGGACCCGAGGCAUCGACCGACUGGAUCUAUAACCGCGAGCAGCUGAAGUCGACGGUCAAGUUCUUUUUGUAAACUUUUGGAGCAAAACGAAACUGUGAUUUAUCCGGGAGAAAAGAAGCUUUCAUGCAGAAUAAUCUGAUUGGCCCCUGUUCCUUCGCUAUUAAUAUACCAGAUUCUUAGUUUGGACUUGUCAUUUUCCACAUGGCAUCACCGGCGAGGCGCGCGCCACGCAGCCCGGGGCCCCCGGGGCCCCUCGUGCUCCUGCUGCUGCUCCGCUGCGCCGGCGUCACGCUGGGCGCCUCCAAGGAGCUGGUGUGUGAGCCCAUCACGGUGCCGAUGUGCAGGGGCAUCGGCUACAACCUGACCUACAUGCCCAACCAGUUCAACCACGACACGCAGGAGGAGGUGGGGCUCGAGGUGCACCAGUUCUGGCCCCUGGUGCGCAUCCGCUGCUCGCCGGACCUGCUCUUCUUCCUGUGCAGCAUGUACACGCCGAUCUGCCUGCCGGACUACCGCAAGCCGCUGCCGCCCUGCCGCUCCGUGUGCGAGCGGGCCAAGCGCGGCUGCUCGCCGCUGAUGAGCCAGUACGGCUUCGAGUGGCCCGAGAGGAUGAGCUGCGAGCGGCUGCCCCAGCUGGGCGACGAGACCCUGUGCAUGUACCAGAACAGCAGCGAGGCCACCACCGUCGCGCCCCCGUUCCCCAAGCCCACCCCCAAAGGCCGGACCAGACCCCCGAGCCCGCCGCAGUGUGACAGGGAGUGUCGCUGCCGAGACCCCCUGGUCCCCAUCAAGAGGGAGUCCCAGGCCCUGUACGGCCGGGUCCAGACGGGGCCCCUGCCCAACUGCGCCCAGCCCUGCCACCAGCACUACUUCUCGGCGGACGAACGCGCCUUCACCAGCUUCUGGCUGGGACUGUGGUCGGUGCUGUGCUUCAUCUCCACCCUGACCACCGUGGCCACCUUCCUCAUCGACAUGGAGCGCUUCAAGUACCCGGAGAGGCCCAUCAUCUUCCUGGCCGCCUGCUACCUCUUCGUCUCGUUGGGUUACAUCAUUCGCCUGGUGGCAGGUCACGAGCGGGUGGCGUGUGGGGCCAGCAGCAGCAGUGGCGGAGGCGGAGACCAGCUGCACAUCCUCUACGACACCACCGGCCCGGCUCUCUGCACCCUGGUCUUCCUGUUGGUGUACUUCUUCGGCAUGGCCAGCUCCAUCUGGUGGGUGGUGCUCUCCUUCACCUGGUUCCUGGCCGCGGGGAUGAAGUGGGGCAGCGAGGCCAUCGCGGGGUACUCGCAGUACUUCCACCUGGCCGCCUGGCUCAUCCCCAGCGUCAAGACCAUCGUGAUCCUGGCCCUCAGCUCCGUGGACGGGGACCCCGUGGCGGGCAUCUGCUACGUGGGGAACCAGAGUCUGGAGAACCUCAGGGGAUUCGUACUGGCACCCCUGGUGGUCUACCUCUUCACCGGCUCGCUCUUCUUGCUCGCCGGCUUCGUUUCCCUCUUCCGCAUCCGGAGCAUCAUCAAGCAAGGUGGCACCAAGACGGACAAACUGGAGCGGCUGAUGAUCCGCAUCGGCCUGUUCACCGUGCUGUACACCGUCCCCGCCACCAUCGUGGUGGCCUGCCUGGUCUACGAGCAGCACUACCGGCCCGGCUGGGAGCGAGCCCUGGCCUGCUCCUGCCUGUCCGAACGCCAGCGCUCGGGCCUGGGCCCGGACUACGCCGUCUUCAUGCUCAAGUACUUCAUGUGCCUGGUGGUGGGCAUCACCUCGGGGGUCUGGAUCUGGUCAGGAAAGACCCUGGAGUCCUGGAGGAGGUUCGUGGCUCGCUGCUGCCCCUGCUGGCUGCAGAAAGCCACGGCUCCGCCCUCCAUGUACAGCGAGGCCAGCACGGCUUUGACUGGACAUACUGGAACUGGGCUGACGUCAGGGAUCUAUCAUAAAGCCGCUCCGUCCCAUAUAUGAACUGACGGACAAGGUGAAACAUUUAAAAAAAAAAAAGAAGGACAUCCUGAAUAGUCGCCUCUCUGGACUCAGAAAUACAGAAUCCAGUGUGGACAAACAUCUACAGGACUGUGACUCUGAAUAUCAGCUCUAAUGAAAAAAGGGAAAAACCUGGAUAAUGAUAAAAAUUCAAACUUGAAGUAUUUAAAAAAAAAAAAAAAUGUCUUCAGCAAUUGAAACUGCUUUUCUAAGCGAUAGAACUGAAACAGAUCUGUUUAUCCAGAGCACUGAGAAAAAGAAAAACAUAUUUAUUUAUGUAUAUAUUGUAUACAUUUACUGUAAAAAAAAAAAGAUUAGUUGUAUAGUGGGAUGUUUAGUUAUAGUAACCAACCAAUGACACUGCCACACGAGAAGUGUUACGACACCAGAGUAUCAAAUCUCGUUCGAUUUGAAUUGUAUAAAGUUGUAAAUAUUAAGUGUCCGAGUGUGACCGAGUGCGUUUUGUACAACUACAAACUGAAACUGCAGAGAAUCAAUCUUUGUUUAAGUUUUUCUCAGACUUGGACAUCAGGUGAAAAUCAAACAGAACCAAAUUUAGUCGUUAUAAUGAGCAACUCCGUUUAUGAAAAAGUGAACUAACUUUGUAUGUGUCAUGUGAACUAACGGGAUGAAACUGCCCCUUGGCCUUUACCCCCACCUGCUGGUUCACAGCGGAACUGAUCACAAACAUGGACCCCCCCAACAGAUUAACACAAGACCAUAGAUUUUUAUUUUAACCAAAACUCUACAUCAAACAAAGUAUGAAUUACAAAAAGGAGUGGUAAAAGUGAAAUCUACCAUUGGAAAACUUAUUCUUAUGCUAAAUCAAUCAUCUUAAAUGUUGAUUUCUGUUCACGAUUCUGCUAUGGGCUCACGAGAUAGCAUUUCAGUGUCCCUUAACUGGUACCCGGGCCUCAUUUUGGGAACCACUGCUCCACAUUUUUUUUAUGAUUUCGUGUCAUGGAAGCUGAACAGACAUAAGACGUAAGGGUCACAUGUUUAUCCUCAACUGAAUGAUAAAUGAACCACCAACAGCUUUGUUUCAGAUUCUCAGAAAGAAAAAUUUGCUGCAAUUUUGCUUUAAAACCGGAAUAAACUGAAUGAAUACCGUUAGUUUUGGAAACAUUUGGAGAUGUCAACGUGACAAUGUUAUAGAUCAAGCAAAACAACUAAUUAACUGAUAAUGAAAACCAGAUUAUAUUGUGUAAUACAGGUGAGAGUCAAAAACAUUUUUUGAAAUCAGGAUUUCCGAUUUAAAAUUAUAUUCAGUAUUUGAAAGGAAACUGCUAACAUAUGUGGUCAAGCAAUUCAUAAAAAAUGAUAAUCACUUAAAAUCUAUAGAAGAAAAAUCUAUUUCCGUUUCAACACGUUAUUUUUUUGACAAUUAUGUCUUAGAGCAGUAAUUUUGUUGAUAAAUAAAAAGAACAUCUAAGGAACUUUUGGAAGAUAAAUCAAAACUGACUGUUUUCACACUUGAAACGUGUGAAUCUCAACAGAGUCGUAUGAACCAACGAAACUCUUCUCAGUUGUCAACAACGUUAUAUUUGCAGGGACCUGUGGUCUAAUGUGCAUCAUCUGAUUUCAGGAGCAGCAUAAACUGAAUGAACCGCUCGCCUUGUGUUUCUGUCGGGAGUUAGAAGUGUACUAAUAUAACUGAACCUGAAACGGAGAGAAACAAACUACAAACAGAGACGCUGCAAACAGUCACAGCAUCGAAAACCAGUCUGUGUAUUAAAUUACUAAAAGAAACAGAAGCAGAUUAAAUCUUGGGUUUGUUUCCUGCCUUCUCCCUCCUGCUGUGAUGUUUUGUGAUGUGGUCGUUCGGUGUCGUUGGCCAGUUGUGUUCUUUUUUCUUUUUUUUUUACUACUGCGUAUCCAUGUGCUAGAUAACAUGUCUAAUUUAUUAGUCUGAUUUGAGUGAAUGUGAUCGUGUGAGUGACGACGAAUGGUAAAAAAUUUUUUUGUCAAAGUGUAAAUCUGAUUUCACGCUGAUAAAUUCCCUCACGAGAUAUUUGAAAAAAAGAUUAUUGUAGGUUUUGAUUCAUAUUGUGGAAUUAAAAAACUGAGUUGAUCUCGAGUUUGA